AUGAUUAUCAUCGAAACGCUCAUUGGAGCGGUCGUUUUUGUGGCCGUGUACGUGGCGUUUGUCAAGCUCGACUACUACCGACGAAAAGCCAAGUUUGAGACCUCAGACAUGCCGGUCGCGUACAAUGGCUUACUGGGCUGGAAGGGUCUCCGGCACAUGUUGACCGUGUUCAACAACGACAUUGGGCCGGUUGGGUGGCGGGAGGUGUUCGCCACGUACGGAAAGACCCUCAAGUACUACGCUUUCCCCUCCAACACCAUUUUGACCUACGACCCCGAUAACAUCAAAGCCAUGCUGGCGACCCAGUUCAAGGACUUUUCGCUGGGUCUUCGAAAGGAGGCCCUGGCUCCGUCGCUGGGCUACGGAAUCUUCACUCUUGACGGGUCGUCGUGGUCGCAUUCCCGCGCUCUUUUGCGGCCCCAGUUUUCGCGAGAGCAGAUUUCUCGGCUCGAAUCUGUCGAAACUCAUGUGCAGGAAAUGAUGAGUUGCAUUGACAGAAACCAGGGUGCCUAUUUCGACAUUCAGCGGCUCUUCUUCUCCCUGGCUAUGGACACGGCGACAGAUUUCCUCCUGGGGGAAGCUGUGGGCAAUCUGCAAGAAAUCCUGCAUCCGGAAAUGCCCCGAACAGGAACCACCUUCCAGGUGGCGUUUGACCGAGCACAGAGACUCGGGUCGCUGCGAAUCAUCUGUCAGGAAGCCUUUUGGGUCGUGGGAAGCCUGUUCUGGAGAAGAGACUUCAAUAAUACCAACCAGCAUAUCCACGACUAUGUUGAUCGGUACGUCGACAAGGCUCUUCUCGCUCGAAAAGAAAAGUCCGAAAUCUAUACCAAUCCCGACAAGUACAUCUUUUUGUAUGAGCUGGCUCGAGAAACCACAAACAAGAUCACUUUGCGGGACCAGGUGCUGAACAUUCUGAUUGCUGGACGAGAUACUACGGCAUCCACUUUGUCGUGGAUCUUCAUGGAGCUUGCCAAGAAGCCGGAUAUCUUCCACAAGCUGAGAGAAGCAAUUUUGAACGACUUUGGCACUUCCUGUGAGUCCAUCUCUUUCGAGAGUCUCAAGAAGUGCGAUUAUUUGCGCCAGGUGCUCAAUGAAGGUCUCAGAUUGCACCCUGUGGUUCCUGUCAAUCUGCGGGUCGCGGUUAGAGACACCACUCUUCCUCGAGGAGGAGGUCCUCAAGGAGACAAGCCCAUCUUUGUUGCCAAGGGUCAGAAGAUCAACUACGCCAUUUUCUGGACCCACAGAGACAAGGAGUACUGGGGAGAAGAUGCUGAGGAGUUCCGGCCUGAAAGAUGGGAAACCACAUCCGGGGGAGCUCUAGGAAAGGGCUGGGAGUUUCUGCCGUUCAAUGGAGGACCCCGGAUCUGUCUUGGUCAGCAGUUUGCCCUCACAGAGAUGGGAUAUGUCAUCACUAGACUGCUUCAGGAGUAUAGUGACAUUAGUAUCCAGCCGUCGGAUGCUGCUGUCAAGGUCAGACAUUCUCUGACCAUGUGUAGCGCCCAGGGUAUUAACAUCUCGCUGACCAGAGCCAAGGAAGAGUGA